AUGUCCGUCUCCAUACCACCCGCUGGCCUCCAGCUGCACGGCAUAGCUGCACGAAACCACGAUCCGAAGCACUCCUCCAACUCGGCAAUCCUCUUCAAGCUCAGCCCUGACCUCCUCGAAGAUGUCAAGAAAUCUUCGCAGAGCGGCUUCCAGUUCGUCACCGGAAAUACUCCCGUAAGGUCCCAAAAUCGUGCUAUGGUAGAUCCGGGGCGGUGUGCUAAGAUAACAUGCCUAGCAAAUCCGGCUGGGUAAACGAACCAUCGAUCUCACAAUCUCCCCCGAAGCCUUCCGACACGAACUCUACGCUGCCUCGACAGAAAACCUGGGAGACCUCGACCUUGCCGCCGUGGUGAGCCAUCGCGCAGAGCUGAAAGUACCCGAAAGGAAGCAGAGUGUCGGUAGCGAUGCGGCAUUGGCGGCGCUGCAGAGUAGCCUGGCCUCGUACCAGCAGGAGAAGCAGGCAAAGUCCGUCAACAUUAGUGAUAGGGUGAUAAGGGAACCCAAGAAUCGCUGGGAGGCCGCAAAAGAGCAGAAGCAGGCAUAUAGGCGAGGCCUGCUAGGCUCACAGCCCGCAAACCCUUCUCUGGGUGCUUCAUCGACGUCAACCCGAGGUGCGGCGCCGACUUCCAUGCCCACCGGCGACUCCGCGGCCAGAAACAAUGCCAUGCGAACCGCUCUCACCCAUCUGAUGGCCAUGCGUUCGCUCUCGCGCGAGGAGAUGCUGCAAAAGACACACAUUCCGAAAGACGACCUUGACGAGGUUCUGCAGAAAGUUGGAAAGCCAGACCAAGGAAAGUGGCAGCUAUCGGACAGGGCGUACAAAGAAUUAGAUGUCUGGAAAUUCGGAUACAGCACGAAAGAAGACAGACAGGCUGCGAUUGACAAUGCAAUAAGAGCGUUUGACAGAAUGAGACUGGGCAAAGACGAGAAGAUAUGGCAGAUGUUGCUGCCGAGGGAGGACCGGGACAAAGGCAUCGUGCUGUCGAAGCUACACCUGGGCAAUGGAGCUGCAAACAAGAGCCUCACGCCAAAUCUCGCAUCCAGCCCGAUGGUACAGGGAGAUGGGACGGGAGACAGCAAGAUGGCAAGCGCAACGAAUUCGCCUCGUCUGGGACCCGCGUCCACGCCCAAGGUAGGGGCGAAGAAUGAUGCGUAUACCAAACGUCUGUUCUCGAAGGAUCCGAAGAAAGCUCGCGCGGCGGAAGAAGCAAAGGAGAAGAAGCGGAAGGAAAGGGAAGUGGCAGCGGCCGCCAGCGACAAGGAAGGAGGGAAACCAGCACGAAAGAAACAGACGACCAAGAACAACAACCCCAAAGCUCUGUCGGCAGAGAUGGUGGAAGAUUCAAGCGAUGAGGACGAAGGCGAAGUGAAGGAAAAAGCACCCGCAUCGGCACCCAGCAGCCAGCCGAAAUCAGCUGCAGGCGACCGCAAACCCGCUCCAAACGCUGCUACCAAACCGAGGGCGAAGCCUGCGAAACCUGCAGGAUGGGCGACUUCAAACGGCAGCGAGGCCGUCGCGAAGCCUACCAAGGCGAAGACAGCUGCAGCUGCCACCCCGAAGGCCGCGAGUACCCCCAAGACAGGCACGCCUUCCACUGCUUCAAAGUCGAACCCGCAGAGCUCCAAAUCCGCCAAAGCGUCCAAACCUGCUCCCCUCGGAAAGAGCACCCCGAACGGGCUUUCGGCGCCAUCAUCCCAACACAGGAGUCAAUUGAGCCCCAAGAAGGCAGACAGUCGACCGACGGUGCCCUCGCCGCUCGGAGCCGCGCGACCACGAGUGGCUUCGGACGUGUCAGACCGGGGAGCUGUCGGCGUGCAACGCGUGAAACACGGCGCCGAAACUCCCAAGGGACUCGGCAUCACGAACGGCUUCCGAAAGCGGCAGGACACCGUUACCAGCAGCGACUCACAUUCGGCAUCACAUCAUCCCGACAAAAUGAAUGGGGACAGACCUCGCAAGAACCUAGUUGGUAGUACCAAUGGCACGCCCAAGCCUUCGCAGGUGAAUGGUGUUGGUCACAAGAACAACGAGGACGGUCUGAAGCGCAAGGCCGUCGAUUCGCCCGCACAACUGCGCGAGAAUGGGGUUACAGCCAAACAUCGCAAGACGGAAUCGUCCUCAUCACAAUCCCGGAAAUCUCAUUCUAGCGAAGACGCUCGGUUGGAGAGGACCGCCAGCAGCGACAGCGCGUCAUCCAUUAUCAACGACAUCACCUACAGCCAGGGCGUCAACAUUGCGCAGAAGUUCCGCGACGUCUACUACCCGCAGUAUGCCAAGCUGUAUGACGAACAAGCGGCGAUGGAGAAGCGUGGUGAGACGGUGCCGAGGGAGGACAGGCAGAGGUUGUGGGAUAUGCAUCGCAGGCUGGAGCAGAUGAAGCGCGAGAUCCGGGCGGCGAGUGCGAGGGAGCAUAUGGAGGAGCAGUAG